AUGCGCUUUCAUCCUUGGUCUAGUUCUUCAAAGCUGUCUUCGAUCUUUGUGUAUACGGGUCGGAUACCUUAUAACCCUUUGAUCGUGGGUAUGGGCGCUACUGGCGUAGCGCCACCCUUUGUGGAGUAUGCCUCUAGAUUUAUACAGCAUCCCCAGCAGGUAAUUGAGCAGGCACACAGAAAUCUCUUGGGUGCAAGGCUGCCCAAAAGAAACAAUAAACGUGCCGACAAUCCGUUCAAGGUGAAGGACCUAGCGCUUUUUGCAACGCAAGAACUCAACAUUUCACACGCGACAGCUAAGACAAUGCUUCGCUCAAGAAAGUUUGUUAUGCGAUUUAUUGGCCCGUUCGCCAUUUUGGAGGUUAACCGGUAA